CACUCAGUGAGCGCGAUGUGCCAGGGCAGCAGUCUUACGCCAAACAACGUUUACGCGUGGAAUCCCUCUUCAGUGCAAGCGAACUUAAACCCGCUGUCAUUCUGUUGCGUGGUCAAUUCAGACGCCUUCACUCUGGCAACAUCACUCACCAUGAAGAUUCUGUUGGGCUUGAUUUUCUUGGCAGACGCUUACAUCCAAUUUGGAGCCACUUGCGUGCCUCCUGCACCACAUAACCUUACCGUGUAUCGCUGGAAUCGGACGUCCGUGUGGGUCCGGUGGCGGCCUCCCGUGACUUGUGACAAUCUGCUCGAUUAUCAAGUGCACCUGAAAUCGCUUCUUUCGGGCUGGGCUCAGCAUGCCAGCGUGGCAGCAAGUAGUCGCUGUAACGUGUGGCCAGAGGAGGUCUGUUGGAGCGAGCAUAGCUUGGAGGCAACAAACCCUCUUUACAUGGUGACUGUCCUCGCUCGGAACAAAGACAGCAAGAAUGGCACGGCUGCCAAUGCUCUGAUCGACACUUCAACUUCAGGAGCGCCACAGCAAGUCCAGGAUCUCCGCGCCAGUCGCGUGAAGAGUCGUCGCCUUCGUUUGCAGUGGUCCCUGCCCUCCAAUUUAAAUUUCAACGAAAAGUCAAGUUUCUUUCGAGUAGAGUUGAAGCCAACUGAUGUCAGCAAGCCUGUUCCUAGAUCUCAAGACAUUCCAUUGGAGGAGCAGAAAGACCUUUACUCUUACCCGAUCGCAAAGCUAGAGCCUAACACCACCUACACAGCGUCCGUGCAGAUUGUCACCGACAAGCCGGGUGCAAAGGCUGUCAUUACAGUCAUCACCGAUCCGUCGAACGGCAAGGGUGACAAUGACGAAGAAGACGCCGAUGAAAACGAUGGUAUUUCAUUUAAAGAAUUAAUGCGAAGAAUUUCCAAUUCUUAACGAUUCAAUUGUUGUAAAAGAUUUGCAGUUUAUGUAUAUCUUUGUAAGCUCUUAAAUCUCAACAAAUUUGGAGGCGCUGCACCAAUGCAGACAUUAUUAACAUAAUACAUAUGAAGAAACUUUUUUAAGUCAUAUGUCAACGGGUAAAGGUGAAUGUAUAACGCAUUGAUGAAAGAAUAAAGCUUUGAAAAGAUUGAACAAUUUCUCGAAGCUACAAA